AUGAUGCAACAUUUUCGAACACCAACGCCUGUUUCAGGCCUAUUCCGAAAGCGAGACUUCCAGAUCCUUCCCGGCACCUACGGAUCUCUACUGAACAGCACAAAACCACCUCCAUCAAUUGCCAGUGCUAUAGCAAAUGGCAAUCUCACGCAAGCGCCGAACGGCACAUAUUACAGUGGCCUCACAGGCGUCAAUCUCGAACGCGACCGUACGCUUACUCGAGCCCUCAGUAUCGCAGUCCUGUGCCUCAUGGUUCUAGUGCUUGGUGUACGUUUUUGGCAGGUCAGAACUGGACGAUUGCGACAGAUCUUCUGCUUAACAGCCACUACAUCACAACAAAACUACUGGUCCUACGACAGGAAUGCUUGGUGGCCAUGGCUGAAGAAGCAUAUCAUAUAUGCGCCCCUCGGAAAAGUAAGACACAAUCGAGAAUGGCAGCUUUCCAAGGCACAUAACUAUGGUACGACACCAGGUCGAGUACACACUGCAAUUCUGGUCACGUACAUCAUCUUGAACUUAGUGUUUUGCCUAUACCUCGAAUACGACCACGAAAUACCGAAGAUCCUAGCAGAGCUAAGGGGACGCUCAGGCAUGCUUAGUGUGUUCAAUAUGAUAGCUCUUGUGCUGUUAGCGACUCGCAACAAUCCACUAAUCUGGUUCCUGGAGAUCUCCUUCGACACUUUCAACCUCUUCCACCGCUGGCUUGGCAGACUGAUCAUCCUAGAAGCACUGGCCCAUGUCCUUGCAUGGUACGGCGCCAUCUCGAUCGCUAAACCCCCGGGCGGCUCGAAUCAAGCCGUCGCCGAUAAACCGUUCCUGCAAUACGGCGUACUUGGUAUGACAGCAUUCGGUAUCAUCCUCGUCCAAAGCUUCUCACCGAUCCGCCACGCCUUCUACGAGAUCUUUCUACACCUCCACCAGUUCCUCGCCUUCAUUGCCAUUCUUGGUAUCUACCUACACCUGGAUGUCGCAGACCUGCCCGCGUUGCCGUACGCCCGCGCGGUUUGUGUCAUCUGGGCCAUUGAGCGUCUCGCCCGCAUCCUCCGCCUGGUAUACCUCAACUUCACCUUCAAGAAUGGAGUCACGACUGUCGUGAUCGAGGCCCUGCCCGGCCAAGCCGUCCGGCUUACCUUCCAGCUCCCCCGACACAUCGAAGUCAGACCCGGCAGUCACUCGUACGUGUACAUUCCACGCUUCUCGUGGCAUAUGUCGCACCCCUUCUCUGUCGCGUGGGUCCCCUCUGACUCUGAGCCAUCCACGGGCAUGGAAGGUGCGCGCUACUCGGUCCACCCAGGCAAUAACAUCGAACUCGCCACACUUCCCCUUUCACGACCGGCUUCACCCGACAGCCUCGAAUCCCAAUCUUUGGCAAAGGAGCCGCGGUGGAUGAAGCGCGCCAAACCACCAACAUCACUCUCAUUCGUCGUGGCGGCCCGUUCCGGCUUCACUCGGACCCUCUACGACGCCGCCUCCUCUCGACCUUAUGGCACCCUCGAGUGCUCAGGUCUGAUCGAAGGCCCUUACGCCGGCCACGAUUCCCUAGGAUCCUACGGCACGGUCAUCAUGUUCGCAGGCGGCGCCGGCAUAACCCAUCAUCUGAUUCAGGCUCGCUUCCUUCUAGCCUCUGCCGCGGCCAACACUGUCGCCACCCGCAAAAUCGUCCUCGUCUGGACAGUGCGCGACGCCGAGCAAUUCGCGUGGGUCGCGAGCUGGAUGAACGAGAUCUUGGCUGUGCCUGGCCGGAAGGAGAUGCUGAAGAUCCUGUUGUACGUCACUAGAGGAAAGAAUGCGGAUUACAAGCAUAAGAACGGGAGGUUGAUCAGCUACGCGGGCCGGUGUAGUCCGGGUGAUAUACUUGAUCGAGAGCUGAGGGACCGGGUAGGCGCGACCAUGGUCAGCGUGUGUGGACCGGGUGCGUUCGCGGAUGAGGUGAGGAAGGCAGUAAGGGAGAGAGUGGAUUGGGGUUGCUUGGAUAUGGAUGAGGAGAGCUUUACCUGGUAA